CAUCUUCCCCGAUUUAUAGUGCAGGUACGUGACGAUGAAUGGCCAGCGGCCAUACCUCCAUAAAAUCCGAAGAACCCAUAUAUCAAUGAGUACGUUGCUUCACCGAACACUCACUAAGUAACUACUGGGACACAAGCCCGACUCUCAUGGCUGUUUCUCUUCGGUUUCUUUCUUUCUUCUUCUUCUUCUUCUUCCUUUCUCUUGUUUUUAUCUCUGUUUCUUCACACUCAUCGUCAGAGUUUCCACAAACCUUCAUCAUCCACGUUUCCAAAUCAUCAAAACCCAAACUUUACUCCUCCCAUCGCGAUUGGUACUCUUCCAUCAUCAAAUCCCUCCAUCCUUCCUCUCAUCCCGCCAAGAUCCUCUAUACCUACGACGCCGCCGUUCACGGUUUUGCCGUCCGCCUUACCGCCUCUCAAGCGACUGAGCUCAGGAAUGUCCCUGGCGUCCUCUCUGUUCUCCCGGAUCAAAUCCGCCAUGUCCACACCACACAUACCCCUGAUUUCCUCGGUUUGAGCGAUCGCUUUGGCUUGUGGCCAAACGCCGAUUACGCCGAUGAUGUCGUGAUCGGAGUUCUAGACACUGGGAUUUGGCCGGAAUUACGUAGUUUCUCAGAUUUUGGACUCUCCCCUGUUCCGAGUACCUGGAAAGGGGUUUGUGAAACUGGCCGUGAUUUCCCUGCUACGGGCUGUAAUAGGAAGAUUGUUGGUGCUAGAGUUUUCUAUAAAGGAUAUGAAGCUUAUUUGGAGAGACCUAUCGACGAGUCCGUGGAAUCCAAAUCUCCGAGAGAUACAGAAGGCCAUGGGACUCAUACUGCUUCAACAGCUGCUGGAUCUGUGGUUGCUAAUGCAAGUUUGUUUCACUACGCUCAAGGGGAUGCUAGAGGAAUGGCCACAAAAGCUCGGAUUGCUGCGUAUAAGAUCUGUUGGAAACUGGGUUGUUUUGAUUCUGAUAUCCUUGCUGCCAUGGACCAAGCAAUUGCUGACGGGGUCCAUAUUAUCUCUCUUUCUGUGGGAGCCAAUGGAUAUGCACCAGCAUACGAUCACGAUUCUAUAGCGAUUGGAGCAUUUGGUGCUGCUCAGCAUGGUGUUCUUGUAUCUUGUUCAGCUGGCAAUUCUGGCCCUGGUCCAUACACUUCUGUGAACAUAGCUCCAUGGAUUUUGACAGUCGGUGCUUCUACUAUUGACAGAGAGUUUCCGGCUGAUGUGGUUCUAGGCAAUGGUAAGAUUCUUGGAGGGGUGUCUCUGUACUAUGGUGAUGAAUUACCAGACUCCAAACUUCCAUUGGUGUAUGCUGCUGAUUGUGGAAGUAGAUAUUGCUACAUGGGUUCUCUUGAUUACUCUAAAGUCCGAGGAAAAAUUGUUGUUUGUGAUAGGGGAGGUAAUGCCAGGGUCGAGAAAGGAAGUGCAGUGAAGCUUGCAGGUGGGUUAGGAAUGAUUUUAGCUAACCUUGAAGACAGUGGAGAAGAGCUUCUUGCAGAUGCACACCUUAUAGCAGCAACUAUGGUGGGUCAAAUUGCUGGAGAUCAAAUCAAGGAGUACAUCAGAUGGAGUGAUUAUCCAACAGCAACAAUAGUGUUCAGGGGGACUGUAAUUGGGAAUUCACCAGCUGCUCCUAAAGUUGCAGCCUUUUCUAGCCGUGGUCCAAGCUUUCUCACGCCUGAGAUUCUUAAGCCAGAUGUUAUAGCUCCCGGUGUUAACAUUUUGGCUGGGUGGACAGGAAGUGUGGGUCCUACAGAUUUGGACAUCGACCCAAGAAGAGUUGAGUUUAACAUCAUAUCAGGUACCUCAAUGGCUUGCCCUCAUGCUAGUGGUAUUGCAGCUUUGCUUAGGAACGCUUAUCCUAAAUGGUCACCUGCUGCUAUAAAAUCUGCUCUAAUGACAACCGCUUAUAAUGUGGAUAACUCUGGGAAGAACAUUCAGGAUCUUGGAAGUGGGAAAGAAUCAACCCCAUUCAUUCAUGGGGCUGGACAUGUUGAUCCCAAUAGGGCUCUCAAUCCUGGUUUGGUUUAUGAUUUGGAUACAAAUGACCAUUUGGCUUUCCUAUGCUCAAUUGGGUAUGAUCGUCGUAGAAUUUCGGUUUUCAUUAGAAAGCCUGCUAGUUUAGACAUUUGUGGAGGAAAACUAUCUAGGACAGGAAGCUUGACUAGUCCUGGUGAUUUGAACUACCCCUCUUUCUCGGUGGAGUUUAGUUUUGAUAAGGACUUGGUGAUCUAUAAAAGAGUUGUUACCAACGUUGGUAGCUCCGAAGAUGCUGUUUACAAAGUGAAAGUGAAUGCUCCACCUGGUGUUGAAAUCAGCGUCUCCCCCAGUGAGCUUGUAUUCAGUGCUGAAAACAAGACACAGAGCUAUGUGGUUACUUUUGGUAAAGUAUCUGGUUAUGCCAAGUCUGCUAGUUAUGGUUCAAUUGAGUGGAGUGAUGGAAGCCACAAUGUUAGAAGCCCCAUUGCUGUGAGAUGGACCAGUGGGUUGUCUUCAUCCAUAUGAGUUGCUUUAGGGGGAGGUAAGGGGGAGCUGCAUUUGGAUGCGUCAAAGUACAAGUUUUCAUGGACUUUGUAAAGUCUUUGAAAUCUCUUCAUUAUCCUAUUGUACAAAGUGCAAUAUCUUUAUUGGGUGUUCUGUUCGAUGCAAAUCUCAUCCACAUCUGUGAAAUAGACGUAGUACAAGGGUUUGCUAAUAAUGUAUGGGAUUGAAAUAGUCAUUGGCACUUGAAAUGAGAUUUGUACUAAUUCUGGAUUUAGAUUGCUGUUAGAUUUGCAGUUACCUCGACAAGAAAAAGCUUUAUCCCAAUAGUUGAGAUCGAUUACAGUUAUCUAUGACAUUAUUAUCUUAAAUGAUCUAACAGCAAUCAAUUGUAGGUCUUA